UGUGGUUUUGAACAGACCCUCCCUUCAUUUCUUCUUUACUUCUUCGCUGUCCAAGGAGCAUCCUUUCUUUCCGGUCCGCCGCGGCUAAGGAUUACGUUGCAUUCCCGUCGCGGCGUUAAUAUCUUUCCCCAUCUUCCAAAAUGAGGAUCUAUAAGGAUAUCAUUACCGGUGAUGAGAUGUUCUCAGACACCUACAAAUUCAAGCUGGUCGAUGAGGUCAUGUACGAAGUUACUGGCAAGCUGGUUCAACGUAAACAAGGCGACGUUGUGAUUGACGGUGCCAACCCCUCAGCUGAGGAGGCCGAUGAGGGUUCUGAUGAAGCUGUGGAAUCUGGAGUCGAUGUUGUCCUUAACCACAGGCUAACAGAAUGCUUCGCAUUUGGUGACAAGAAAUCCUACACCCUCUACCUCAAGGAUUACAUGAAGAAGCUGGUGGAGAAGCUUCAGGAGCGUGACCCCGAGCAGGUUGAUGUUUUCAAGAACAACAUUAACAAAUACAUGAAGGAUGUUCUUGGUAGAUUUAAGGAUCUCCAGUUCUUCACUGGUGAAUCUAUGGAUGUUGAUGGCAUGGUUGCUAUGGUUGAGUACCGUGACAUUGAUGGCGACAGUGUACCAGUCUGUAUGUUCUUCAAGCAUGGUUUGGAGGAGGAGAAGUUUUAAUUGUCGACUGCAGUUUAUUAUGUGUGUGACUAACCAAAUUCAAGUCAUGAAAUUUCUAAACAUGUCCUGUUAGCCCCUGUGGCUUUCUGCUUUUAUGAAGAAUUGAUUGUAAAUAAGUGUCAGACCAUUUUUUGUAUUUAUUUUUACUGGAGGAUGGGGAGAGACAUUGAUGCAGAUCAUUGUAUACAAGACCUGAGAUAGGUAUCCAAUUUUAGGAGAAAUAAAUUGUAACACCUUUUCUAUUUAUGUUGACUGGUUACUUCUUACCUCAUGAUUUGAGUUAACUAUGUGAAUGAAUUCUGAAUACAAUUUCUCCAAAGUCAA